CCUCGUGCAGCACCCCCGUCCAAUCAGCGCGCUCCUCCGCUUUUGCGAGCGCAACAAAAAAAGGCACGACGCGCGUCGUCGGCGGUAGCAAGGGGUUAAGAUGACGACGUACAGUUUCUCCCUCACCACGUUCAGCCCAUCGGGCAAACUCGUACAGAUCGAGUAUGCCCUCGCUGCUGUCGCAGCUGGAGCUCCGUCUGUUGGAAUCAAAGCAUUAAAUGGCGUGGUUCUGGCCACAGAGAAAAAACAAAAGUCCAUCCUGUAUGAUGAGCAGAGCGUUCACAAGGUGGAGCCUAUCACCAAGAACAUUGGCAUGGUGUACAGCGGCAUGGGGCCCGACUGCAGGGUGCUGAUCCGGAAGGCACGAAAACAGGCGCAGAAUUAUUACCUGACGUACCAGGAGCAGAUUCCCACCGCCCAGCUGGUGCAGCGAGUCGCCUCCCUGAUGCAGGAGUACACGCAGUCUGGUGGUGUCCGUCCAUUUGGGGUGUCCCUGCUGAUCGCUGGCUGGGACGAGGGCAAACCCUAUCUCUUCCAAGCUGACCCUUCCGGAGCAUAUUUUGCAUGGAAAGCAACUGCAAUGGGAAAGAACUACGUCAAUGGAAAGACAUUCCUAGAGAAAAGGUACAAUGAAGACCUUGAGCUGGAAGAUGCUGUCCACACUGCCAUCCUGACACUGAAGGAGAGCUUCGAGGGACAGAUGACGGAAGAUAACAUCGAGAUCGGCAUCUGCAAUGAAAACGGCUUCCGUCGCCUGACCCCCCCAGAAGUGAAGGAUUACCUGGCUUCGAUCGCCUAGGCAGGCAUCGCUGUUACACGUCCCCUUGAUGGUUUUUCACCUGGUAGUCCUUUGCCCAGAAUAAAUACAUAAUCGGUCGGUCCGGUAGAGAUGUUUGUAAUGUGUGCUUCCCCCGGUUCGCUGUUGAUCACGUGAAUGCAUUUUUCAUGCCUGUAUAUAUUAGGCAGAGCCAGUCGAAAUGUCAAAUGUAGUUUUGAAACAUAAGUUUCACAUAAAACCAGCCAACUGGAUAAGAGAAUAUCGGAUGAGAAGUUGCUUUGUUUACGGGGUGUUGCACGAGCAGGUUUCUAUUGGCUUUACCUUAAUGUGUACUUCGCAUCAGGGGGAUAGUACUGUUAUUUGAACUUUUUUUUUUUUAUGAAACACAUUGCAAACGUGUAAUAAAUGUUCAAGAAUAAUC